AUGUCUACAAAAUGUUCAAUUUGUCCUGUAUCUGCAGAAAGACACUGCGAAGGAUGUAAAAACAACUUUUGUCAGUUUGAUUUCACAAAACAUAAACAACAACUAUUCGAAGAAUUCAAUAAAGAAAUAGUGGAAUUUCACUCUGAACUUCUUGAUAAAUUAAAGCAGUUAGAAAAGCCAAGAUCUUUAUCAUUGAAUGUUUUUGCCGAAAUCGAAAAAUGGGAAAAAGAAACAAUCGACAAAGUAAGAAUGGCAACAGAAAAAGUUCGCAGUGGACUUACCCAAUUAAUUGAUAAACAACGAGAAGCAAUGAGAAAACAACUUAAAUCAAUUAAAACAGAAAUUGAUUCUCAUCAAAACGAUGGAAAGUUUAACGAAAUUGAUAUCCAUCAACUUAAGCAAAAAAUCGAUAAAAUACAAGAAACGCUUCGACAGUUUAUUGAAAAAGAUGCAAAUAAAGCCGUUAUUGUUGUUAAUGAUAAAAUUGACUGGAAUCGAAGAAUUUACGUUCAAGAAGAUCUAGAAAGCGGUAAUUAUCGAAAUUAA